AUGGCGGAUAUGCCAGCACAUUUCCUCGUGGAACAGCUUGUACACCUCCGAAAUGAGGCUUCACAACCAGACGCUGCACACCACCUUUCCGAACUACUAUCCUCACACUCUGGCCCCUGGCCCAUCCGACACCUAAUCCUCGCCUUUCAAGACAUCUACAAAUCCCUCCCAGAACCUCUCAAGGCCAAAAACAAUGAAGCAAUUGCUCGCCUUCGGGCACAGAUGAAAGAAGCUACUCCUAGCAUUGCUGAAGCAAUAGGGACCGACUCUCGCGCUGGUCUCAUCGACGCCAACACCGGCCGGAAUCUGUCCCAUAAUGCCAUCCGCCAAUUUGUGCAGAGCUUCCAGCUACCUAUGGGCCUUUCCCGCCAUGGAAAGCCUCGUGUUGCGGUCAUUUUGCCCAAUGGCCCUAUUAUGGCAAUUGCAGUUCUUGCCAUCUCCAACAGGUACACCAUUGUACCAAUGGCAUCGAACACUGUGCCGGAGCAGCUGCAGAUGGAUAUCGAACAGGUGCAAGCUGAUGCCGUUGUCGCGCUGGACGCGGACAUAGGCAAGUUGCAGCUGGACAACGGUAAACGACCCGUGUUUGGUCUUGAACAGCUUGAAGACUUGACUUUCCGGGUAAUUUCUGCACACAAUGCCUCUGGCACAGUAUCAAACCUCCCUCCUAACUCUGGAGAUGAUAUCUCCAUUAUCCUUUUCACCAGUGGUACCAGUGGUACCAAGAAGCUAGUUCCUAUCACAGCUUAUAACCUCAUCGCGGGUACCAUAGCCACUAUGGAGUCGGUAGAAUUGUCCGAGACAGAUACCUGUCUGAACAUGAUGCCGUUGAACCAUGUUGGCGGUAUUGUUCGCAGUAUCCUCUCUCCUAUUCUCGCUGGCGGCGCCACAAUCUGCUGUCCCUCUUUCGAUCCCAGCAUGUUCUGGGAUGCCGUUCAAAGCCCUCACAUGACUCCAACCUGGUACUAUGCCACACCCACUAUGCAUCAAAUGAUUCUCGGUGAAGCUGAGCACCGCCCCGAUGCUAGAAAGCAAAGUGCAAUUCAGUUCAUCUGUAACGCUGGUGCUGGUCUUCCUCCAACGCUCGCCGUGCAGCUUCGUGAUAUCUUCAACUGUGUCAUCCUGCCCAGUUAUGGUAUGACUGAAUGCAUGCCUAUUGCUGCGCCACCAAAGAACUAUACUCUCGAUCGCCAUGGAACUUCAGGACAGAUUGUUGGCCCUGAUGUUGCAAUUCUGACCGAGAGCGGUACACCUGUUCCUCGACCUGAAAUGCUUGGACACAUUUGCAUUCGUGGAUCACCUGCUUUCGAGGGAUAUUUGACCGCCGAUGGCAAAAUCGAUACCAGUGCAUUCGAUGAGUCUGGCUGGUUCGACACUGGUGAUUUGGGAUACCUCGAUGCCGACAACUACUUAUAUAUCACCGGUCGGAGUAAGGAGGUUAUCAACCGUGGUGGUGAAAUUAUCUCUCCCGUCGAGGUGGAGGAUGCCGUGUUGGCCACGGCCAAGCACCCCGGAUCCCCCUUGUAUGGUCGCGUUGCUGAGACACUGGCCUUUUCCGUUCCCGAUGAGGUGCUGCAAGAAGUCGUCGGUGUGGUUAUCGUCCCAACUCCCGGCAGCACGAGGCCGGAUCUUCGCCAGAUUCAUGAGGCGCUGCACCCGGUUCUCCACCAGCCCAAGUGGCCCGCUGUGGUUGUAUACAUGGACCGUGUACCGAAGUCGAACAACAAGAUUCAGCGUAUCAAGCUUGCACAGCGGUUGGAGUUAGAGCCUUUGACCCCGACCACGCCACUGGCAGACCGACACUACGAGGCCGUGUGUCCACCCAACGGUACUCCACUUACCACAGGAAUCCCGAAGAAGGCGUGUAUUAUUGAUGAGAAUUUCAUUCGCGUGGUUCUCACUGAGGCGGCGAAGACCCCCGAGGUACAUAUCCACAAGAACCCUCGCGAUGGGUUCGCGCAAGCUGUUCUGUUCGUUGAGAACCCGGAUGAUGUUCAUCUCACACCCACCGACCUCCACGAAAAGCUGGAUGGCUACCUCAUCCCCAGUCGCAUAAUUCCCCUUCAAGGUCCGAUGCCUCUGGAUUUCUUCGGAAACCCUGACCAGGCUGCCAUCGACGACGCUAUUCGUGCCCGCAACUCGGACGGCGACCUGACGUCUAUCCAGACCCGCGUGCGUGAGAUAUUUGCUGUCGCGUUGUCUUGCGAAGCACAGGAUAUCAAUGCAAUCACAGACUUUUUUGCUGCCGGUGGCGAUAGUCUCAGCGCCGGUCGUCUGGUUUCGCAGCUUCGUCGCGAAUUCGGUAUCUUCUUGGCUGGUGAUGUUCUCUUCCACCACAGCACCGUUGGAGCUAUUGAGCAUAAGAUCACCGAGGCUGUUGAGACUAAGACUGCUAAGGGCGACCAAGGAGAAGUUGAGUUGCCUGGUUGCGAGAAGACAUACAGCAGCACAAAUCCAAUUGUAUUGCUCUUGCAUCUCUUCCCGCUUACAUUCUUUUAUCCCAUGAAGCGCGCUUUUCAGUGGCUUGUGUUCGCAUAUGUCGUGGCCGAGUGCUCUUGGAGAUUCCCCAUUCGAGACGUCCUCAUCGGUCGUUUGGUCCUGAUUGUCUUGGCUGUGGUGUCCGCUCGUGUCGCUUCGAUUAUCGUAUUUCCCUGUUGCGGUAUCAUCUUCAAGUGGCUUGUCAUCGGUCGCUACAAGGAGGGUAUGUCUCCCAUGUGGGGUCCAUACCACACCCGUUGGUGGUUGACUCAAAAGGCGUUACAAGUCUGCGGAAAGGGCAUGUUCAACAAGUGGAACUGGUCUCGUGUAAUGUUCUAUCGUCUUCUCGGCGCGAAGAUUGGCAGAAAUGUCACUCUUGCCCCAUCGGCCAAGCUGGGUGAGUAUGACUUGGUCGAGAUUGGUGACAACGUCGUAUUGGAUACUGGUUCCCAAUGCCGUCCUUUUGCCGUGGAGCGUAACACAUCUAUGCUCCUGAAGCGCAUCCGAAUCGGCAAGGACUCGUCUGUUGGAAUCAAGUCCAUGGUUGCCGCCGGUGCUGUUAUCCCUGAGAACACCUGCAUUGGUCCCAACUCGUCCAGCUGGGAACUCCACGACGCCGACGAGUCUUACCGUGACUUGCUCACUCCCCGUAUCCCUCAGCCGCAUUGGAUCUGGAAGCUCAUCGUGAUUGAGCCUAUCAAGAUCCUCGUCUGGGUUGCUGGUCGUCUUACUUGGAUGGGUGGGCUCGUGCCAAUGGUGCGCUCGUUCCCUGCUCCCACAGAAGAUAUGUUUAUGGCCACGCUCGAAUGGUACACCAAUGGCCAGCGGAUUGGCUUCCACAUCACGGCACGAAUCUGCCGUGCUCUCGGUGGGCCGAUUGUGCUCUUCGCUGCUGUCUGGAUUGUCAAGUCCUUGCUCGAUCUCAUCUGCGGAAAGCCCCAGCCCGGUGCUGCCUCAAAGCAGACUACUCGCCAGAAAAUCCGGGCUGCUGUACUCGCCGAGAUCCUGCCGUCAGGCGAUAUUCACGAACUCACCCGUCUGGCUGGUCGUCACUAUGAGCUUGUCUCGAUGGCCAUCCGCGCUCUUGGUGGUAAGGUUGGCAAGCGUGUCUACUGGCCCAGUGUUGGUCCCGCUCUUCCGGACUUUGAUCUCAUCGAGGUCGGUAAUGAUGUUGUCUUCGGUUCUCGCUCGACUCUCGUCACCUCUGAUGGCUACGGUCGUGACCGUAUCGUGAUUGGUGAUGGCGCCAUGGUCGGCGACCGUGUCGUCGCUUUGCCCGGUACUACCAUCGGUCGUGAAGCCAUGAUCGGCUCUGGUGGUCUACUCCGCCGGAACGGUAACUACGCAGCUAACAGCGUCUGGACCGGUAGCAAGGGAGGUGAUGCUGUGCAGUUCCCCAGCUCGACUUCAACCUCCAUGUCAACCGCCCCCACCGUCGUCGGAACCAGCAGCGGUAACAGCUCCAGCGAAGAUGAAAAACAGCCUGACGAGAAGACCAUCAACGAGAAGCAGACCGCUCCCUCGGUCAGUGAGAAAGACACCUGUAAGCCCUUCGGUCGCGCCUUCUACCGUCACGAGGCCAACUACUACGUCCUCCGCAUCUGGCAAAUCGUCAUAUACUCCGUUCUUUCCGUCGUUGUUACAACCGUCUACUGGCUCCUCGGAGUCGUGUUCUCCCUCUUGGCCCUCAAAGCCGCCCUGAAGGGCAGCGACGCCGUGGGAUUCUCCCAAGGCCCCUGGCGCCCAUUCGUUCUCUACGGCAUGCUCGCUUCAAUCCUCUCUGGAAUCAGUUGCGCACAAGCCUUCCUCGCCCUCGCGGUUGUGAUCUGCAUCAAAUGGUCCAUCAUGGGUCGUCGCCAGGAAGGCAGUUUCCACUGGGACAAGAGCAGCUACAACCAGCGCUGGCAAUUCCUUCUAUCUUGCGAGACACUUAUCAAGGACUGUUACGGUGGCUCUGGCCUUCUGCCCAUGCUUACGGGAUCCGCAUACGUUAGCUGGUACUACCAGUUCCUUGGUGCGAACAUCGGAAAGGACUGUGCGAUUCACUCCAACGGAACUCCCAGUAUUUACUUUACUGAACCCGAUCUCCUUACUAUUGGUGACCGUGUCGCUGUUGACGAUGCCUCUUUGGUGUGCCACGUCAACUCCCGUGGUGGGUUCGAGUUGCAUACCCUCAAGGUUGGAGAUCGGAGUAUUCUGCGCGCUGGCUCGCGUUUGAUGUCUGGUGCUUCGAUGGGCCAGGAUACUUGUCUUUUGGAGCAUACUCUUGUCCUGUCUGGUGAUCAUGUUGAGGAUGGCGAUACCCUGCAGGGUUGGCCUGCUGAAGGCUUCGAAGGCAAGCGUGUUUAG